GAUGCCCCUCCCGGCCACUUCCUCCGCCCCUCGUGGGCCUCCGCCUCUCUGGAGGAUGAUCCGGCGACUCUGCCACCGCCUGCGCCGCGACAACGCGGCUGGGAUUCCUCAGCCCGGCGGGGAAACGCGGAAGUGAAGCAGAUGGGGAAGGGCGGCUGCAGAUCCCGCGCUCUGGGCCUCGCGGGGACAUGGGCUGCCCAUGCCCGGAGUUAUCGAUCCUGCCCGGCGCCCGGCGGAGUGCGACUCCAUACCCUGCCACUCCUCGCCAGCUGGGAGGAAAGACGAGAGGGCAGAGCUAGGCCGGGGAAGCCUGCGUGGUGUCGGGUUUCUAGCCCUCUCUACGCGGGCCACUCCUGCCAUCUGCCCAGGAGGAGGACGCUCCCCCGCCUGCUGCACGCCGGGGUUGCCUUACCUGAUCACCCGUCGCGCGCCCUCAGAUCCGGCGUCCCCUCUUCCGCGCCUCCCAGUCGCCUGGCUUCUCUGGGCCUAGAAAGACGCCUAGGAGUCAGGGGACCCUAGGGACUCGGCCUGCAGCUCUCGGCCCGGAUACCCCAGCGUGUUCUGCGGGCUCACCAGGCCUCUGGACCCCGGGCCUGAAUGCUUGUAAGGGAACCCGCGGAGAAGACCAAGCCCAUUCAGCAAGGGUGGGAUGCUGAGCGCUGGCCCAGCGGGCCUGGCCUCGUACAGGUGGGGGGAGGCGGAGAACCCAGGCUGCGGAGCCACAGGCUUCCCAUUUGCACCCCCCUCCCAACCCGACCCUGCCCACUGAGCAUGCCCAGCUCACUUGUUGCAAGUACAAGGGUUAGGCAAACCCCAGGGUACCCAAGGAGGGCUCAAGUUGGGUUCCGAAAGACCCCACUUUAAAUCCUGAGAUCAUGGUGUUGAAAAGUAUGCAGGGACUGAUCCGAAAAGCUCUUCAAGCAAAUUAUUUUGAAGGAAAUUGUAGCUGUGUCUAGUAAUCAAUUACUAAGUCACAUAUUUAGUAUUCUUAAACACUGUAGAAUUCCUACAGUUAACUCAGAAAAAUGUGUGGGGUCACAAACUCACAGUAACUUCUGGGAGACAAACACUUGGUAAAGGCCAACUUGUUCCUGGCCUUGGACACGUUAAAUUUAGGAAAUAAACUUAUGUCCCUGUACCACUGAAUGGA